GGUUUUUGUGAAGGAUUUUGUAAGGCUCUCGAAUUCCUGGGGUGAUUAUCAAUACAGAAUACCAUUUCUCUUUUCCUUCUUCUCUUCUACUCUUACUUUAGUGCUGCUAGUUUAAUUAAAUUGAUAGGAAAUCCUAUCACACACACACACACACGACUCCCAUGGAUUUUAUCACCUGUGCUCAAACUCACCAUUAUUUGCUGCACUCGUCUUCUUAAUCCAAUCCCCUACACUACAGUCGACACGAUCAGUACUCGAUCAUACUGGCAGACAACCAACUCAAUACCAGUUGACACCGACCUUAAACUCGUGGAUCCUUACCUGCAACUCUAACUAAGCUCUUCGAAGAUGUCAAUGGCGUCUUCAGCUUUCUUGGUACCCUUUUCCGAGUACUCAACUUCACCACCACCAGUGUUUUCUCUCUCUAACUCUCAUGUUCGCAGCUUCACUGCUUCAACAAACAAAUCUCAUCAUGGAUCAAGUGGUUUUUAUGGAGGAGCCAGCUUCUGUCAUGGAUUUUGUGGCUUUAAACUAAGGCAGCCUAACAGAAAAUUUGGUCUUAAACAUGAAUUGAAGAUUAUCAAAAAUCAAGACAAAGAUCACUCAUCAAAUCACAUUGAAACAACUUCAUCAUUUCAAGAACAAGCCUCUGAUGGAACCACAAUUGAGUUGGGGCAUGUUUCCACUUCUAAGCAAUCCCCUACAUCUUUGCCACAAAUACAUUCCUCCAAUUCCUCAGAUAAUGUCGCCGGAGGACCGUCACUGUGCAUAGCUGUCAUAGGAGCAACAGGUGAGUUGGCAAGGAGAAAGAUCUUUCCAGCAUUGUUUGCUAUGUAUUACACUGGAUUUCUUCCUGAGAAUAUUGGAAUUUUCGGUUAUUCGAGAAAGAAUUUGACAGAUGAAGAACUAAGAUCAAUAAUAGCUUCAACUCUGACGUGCCGUGUUGAUCAUCAAAACGACUGUGGAGACAAGAUGGAUGCUUUUCUGAGUAGGACAUAUUAUAUACAUGGCGGUUAUGAUAACAGAGAAGGCAUGUUAAAGCUUAAUGCCUUAAUGGAGCAUGUUGAGGGGGGAUCUGAAGCGAACAGAAUAUUUUACCUUUCUGUGCCACAAGAAGCACUUAUAGAUGUUGCAUCUUCUCUUGCUGAUUAUGCUCAAACCUCUAAGGGCUGGAACCGUAUAAUAACCGAGAAACCAUUUGGUCUCAAUUUACUAUCAUCUCUUCGGUUGACACAGUCUCUUCUUUCCAAGUUUAAGGAGAAACAAAUAUACAGGAUUGAUCAUCUCCUAGGAAGGAACCUUAUCGAAAAUCUCACAGUUCUAAGAUUUUCCAAUCUAGUUUUUGAGCCAUUGUGGAGUUAUAAAUACAUAAGAAAUGUGCAGAUUGUCUUAUCUGAAGACCUGAGUGCACAACCAACAAGGUAUUUUGAGGGUUAUGGGAUAAUUCGAGACAUAGUACAUAGUCAUAUACUCCAAACAGUAGCACUGCUUGCUAUGGAACCGCCUAUAAGCCUUGAUGGUGAAGACAUUCGAAACGAAAAGGUCAAGGUUCUGAGGUCAAUCCGUAAAUUGGAACCAAGUGAUGUUAUACUUGGGCAAUACAAAGCAGGCACAGAAGAGAAAGUUGAUGUGUAUACAGACAAUCUGACACCCACAUAUUUUGCUGCUGCAAUGUAUAUUGACAAUGCGCGCUGGGAUGGUGUGCCUUUUUUGGUUAAAACUGGAGUAGGACUCAUUGAACACAGGGUGGAGAUACGUAUACAGUUUCAUCAUGUCCCAGGAAACAUUUAUCGAGAGCGAAUGGGGCAUAACAUCGACCUUGUUACCAACGAGCUGAUAUUAAGAGUUGCUCCAGAUGAAGCCAUCCUCAUCAGGGUCAAUAAUAAGAUCCCAGGACUGGGGUUGCACUUGGAUUCUCCAGAGUUGAAUUUGCUAUACAAGGACAAGUACAAUGUUGAGGUGCCCGACUCAUACGAGCAUCUUCUUCUCGAUGCCAUCGACGGUGAUAGCCAUCUGUUUAUGAGAAGCGACGAGGUUGAAGCUGCAUGGAAUAUUUUAAGUCCAGUCCUCCAGGAGAUAGACAAGAACAAUAUAGUACCAGAGCUGUAUGAAUUAGGGGGCAGAGGCCCAAUUGGGGCAUACUAUUUGUGGGCAAAGCAUGGAGUUAGGUGGGCAGAGGACUAGAAUUAGCACCAUUUUUUAUUUGAAGAGCAACUAAGUCCAUGAAACUACAAUAUUAGAUCAUGAGGUUAAGAAAGUUCCUUGCUUGAAAAUAAAUAAAUAAAUUACAUUGCA